AUGGUUCCUACAAUAGCUAAAGAUUAUGUAUCACGAACAAUUAAUACACAAAAUCAAGAUUGUGUAACACUUUUAGCUGCAUUUCGUAAAUCAAUUUAUUAUAAUCAUACAGAUUUAUUAUUGGUUAAUGUACCAAUUCAUUUAUUAUCCAGCAAACAAUUAUUUCGACGUUAUCAAAUGCAAUGGAACAAACAAUCUUCGUGUAAAUUAACGAUCAAUUCUGAUUUAACUGUAACAUCCUUAUCACGCAAUUAUUUUGGAAUGAAUUAUCAAUUAUUAUCAUAUCGAUUAAAUAUUGAUCAGUCAAUUCUUAAUUACAAUUAUUCUCAUUCAAAAAAUUGUUUCCAAUUAUUUGCUAAUGAACGCAUGCAAUGUUUCCAGCAAAUACCUUAUAAUAGUGAUGCUGCGUUAAGUAAACUCGGCUAUUAUGACCAAGGAAGAAAUGAAACAUCAGCUGGUGUCAGUUUAUUUUGUGAUGCUUUGGAUGAUCUUUUCAAGGGAUUUAUCAGAGGAACAGGUGUACCUCAAAUGAAAACAGAUUGUCCAUUAGCACUAUUUAGUAUGUUUGUCGCCAGUACUGCAAUCGAAACGGCUCAUAUGCUAAAAAUUCUCCAACAAAAGUUUGAAAUUUAUCCUGAUUUUCAUCUUGUUACGGAAACAAAUUCUUGUUCAGCAAGGCGCGCAUUACUCUAG